AUGGCCAACAUGAUUCAACCACAAAUCCCGAGAUUGAAAAAGACAAAUUAUGACAACUGGAACAUUCAAAUGAAGAUGUUACUAGGCUCCCAAGAUUUUUGGGAUAUCAUCGAGAAUGGUUACACCGAGCUUGAAAAUGCAGUAGCAGAAGCAGUCCUGACCAAUGAAGAAAAGAAGGUUGAUUCAACGGCUUGUUUAUGUAGAGUAGAUGCGGGGUUCAAGACUGUUUCUGGAGCGAAAAGAUAUGUACCCGGUACAAAGAUGUGUCUCCGACCUGAUAUUAAACCAUCUAUUCAUCCAACAAGGAGCAAGCCAACACGCGGUGAUAGGAGCCGUUAUCAAUCUCCUCUGCUCCCUGGACUCCCCGAUGAUCUCGCUAUUGCUUGCCUAAUACGUGUCCCACGAGUUGAGCACAGUAAGCUCCGCCUGGUCUGCAAAAGAUGGUAUAGACUUUUGUCUGGUAACUUCUUUUAUUCACUCCGUAAGAACCUUGGAAUUGCAGAAGAAUGGAUAUACAUUAUUAACAGAGAUCGAGAUGGAAAAAUUUCUUGGCAUGCCUUUGAUCCCGUAUACCAGCUCUGGCAGCCACUCCCUCCUGUCCCCAAGGAAUAUUCCGAAGCCCUUGGCUUCGGAUGUGCUGUCCUCAGUGGUUGUCACCUUUAUCUAUUCGGUGGUAAGGAUCCCUUAAAGGGAUCAAUGCGACGAGUCAUAUUUUACAGUGCCAGGACAAACAAAUGGCACCGUGCCCCAGAUAUGCUUCGUCGAAGACAUUUCUUUGGUUCAUGUGUUAUAAACAAUUGCUUGUAUGUUGCUGGUGGCGAGAACGAAGGGGUACAUCGGUCAUUGAGGUCUGCCGAGGUAUAUGAUCCCAGCAAGAAUAGAUGGUCUUAUAUUUCAGAUAUGAGCACGGCAAUGCUGCCCUUCAUUGGGGUUGUAUACGAGGGGAAGUGGUUCUUGAAGGGGCUUGGAUCUCACCAACAGGUGAUGAGUGAAGUCUACCAACCCGAAACCAAUAGUUGGCAACCCGUCUUUAACGGGAUGGUUGCAGGCUGGCGGAACCCUUGUACUUCUUUAAGCGGUCAUCUUUAUGCUUUGGAGUGUAAGGAUGGUUGUAAGCUGAGGGUUUACGACGAAGUGACUGAUUCUUGGAGUAAGCAUAUUGACGGUAGGAUACAUUUGGGGAAUUCUCGAGCUUUGGAAGCAGCAGCUCUCUUUCCACUCAACGGUAAACUCUGCAUCAUUCGGAAUAAUAUGAGCGUAUCUCUGGUCGAUGUUUUGAAAUCCGAUGAUCUGAGGGGAGCCACUGUUGAACAUUUAUGGGAAACUAUAGCAGGGAAGGGUCAAUUCAAGACUUUGUUUACGAACCUUUGGUCUAGCCUCGCCGGCCGGAACCGGCUGAAGAGCCACAUUGUUCACUGCCAGGUUCUCCAAGCAUGAUGACUGUAAAUUUUGUUUCCUCAUGCCUAUCGGUAACUCUCGGAAAAUCCAUCGUAGU